CGCGCCCCGCCCCUGGUGCGCUGCUCGGGGGCCGGGCCGCGGCCGUGGGACCUACGGCCCCGUGGCCGGAGCAGGCCGCGGGGGAGGGGCUCCCGGGCCCGCGCCCAUCAGGCCUGGUGGCGGCGGCGCUGCCGUCCUGCCCGCGUCCCCGCGCCGCGGGACGCGAGUGGGGCCCAAGCUGGGCUGGGAGCGUUUAGCGGCGCCGCGGGGCGGGACCGCUGGGGGUGGGGGGGGCGCUUCCUCCGCGGCUUCCCGCGGCUGCACGCACCGCCACGGGCGGCCCGGCGUGGACGCCGUGCCCCGCUCCCUCCGCGCGCGCACCCUGCCGCCGCGCGGCCCCGAGCACGCGCCCCCACCCCCGCGCGUGGAGUGGCGGCGGAGGGGGGGCGCGGCGGCAUUGAGCGCGCGGCGGCGGGAGCGCGGCCGGGGAGGAGCGGAGCGGAGCGAGCCAGCGGCAGCCCCGGGCCGGGUGCUGCAGAGAGGCGAAAUGUGGCUGCUGCUGGCGGCCCUGUGCCUGGGCCAGGGGCUGGGCGAUGGCAUCCCACACGCUGGAGUGAGCUAUGACAACCCCGAGCAGUUCAUGAACAUCAGCCAGAAGAUCUGUUUCCAUGGGUAUCCCAGUGAGGAGUACGAUGUGCUGACAGAGGAUGGCUACUUCCUCAGCCUCAACCGGAUUCCCCACGACAAGGGGGGAGCUGGACACUCAGGAUCCAGGUUACCUGUGUUGAUAGUGCAUGGGUUCAGUUUAGAUGGUGGUGACUGGGUGGACAACCUCCCCAACAGCAGCUUGGGCUUCAUCCUAGCUGAUGCGGGGUACGAUGUCUGGAUCGGAAACUGCCGGGGCAAUAGCUGGUCCCACCGGCACCUGAAUCUUUCUGUUGACCAAGAAGAGUUUUGGGAUUUCAGCUUCCACGAGAUGGCCGUGUAUGAUCUCCCUGCCAUGGUGGGCUUCAUCCUAAGGCAAACCAGGCAGGAGAAACUGUUCUACAUUGGCCACGCUCAGGGCAACUCUCUAGGUUUCAUAGCAUUUUCGAGCAUGCCACACCUGGCUGAAAAAAUCAAACUCUUCUUUGCGCUGGCUCCUCUCUACACCUUUCAUCAUGUCAAAGGCCCCGUGUUAAAGAUAGCGUUUUUACCAGACACGGUGCUGAAGACAAUAUUUGGAACCAAGCAGCUGACUCUGGUGGGGAGGAAGGAGAGAGCCGUUCUUGCCAAGACGUGCAGCAACCUGCUGACAGCUGAAGUCUGUGAAAAUGAGAUCUUCCUUAUUGGCGGGUACAACAGGAAAAACUUGAACGUGAGCCGAUUGAAUGUAUACCUAGCUCAUUUUCCAGACUAUACAUCAGUAAAAACUCUUCUCCACUGGGGACAGACUGCCAAAACUGGGGAGUUCAAGCAGUUUGACUACGGGGAGAAGAACCAGGAGAAGUACAACCAGGCCUCCCCCCCUUUGUACAGGAUAGAAGACAUGACAGUGCCGACCGUCCUGUGGAGUGGUGGGGAGGACUGGGUGAAUCCCCCUGCAGAGACUCAGCGCUUGCUGCCACGUAUCACCAGCCUCAUUCGUCAUGAGCACUUCCCCGACUGGAACCACUUUGACCACCACUGGGGUCAGGAUGCCCCUCAGCGCAUGUACAGGCAGAUAGUCACUCUGAUGGAUCAAAAUCCAUGAAUGGUCCAUGUGCUGCAUGUGCCCGGGAUGUAGGAGCCACCCGUUCCCACGUGGCUGGGGACAUGGGUUUUGUGUGAGAGCUGCUGCUCUGCUCUUCUCAAAAAUAUCUCCUAUCACCCUAUUUCACACUGAUUUAAUGCCUUAAAUAUAAUGGUGUAAUUUCUGCCUGCCCUCUGUGACUAGAGAUUGCAAUAAACUCUUGCCUCACA